GAACGGAAAAAAGUUGCACGAGCAUACUUGAACUUGUUAAAUUGUUGCACCGAUGAUUAAAAAAUCCAUUUAUAGCAAAAUCCUUGCCUGAAUUGCACACGUGCAACUCACACGUGAAAAUAAAGGGCUAAUUUCGUCAAUUCACAAGACUUUCAGAUAAAAGAAUAAAAAAAUAAACUAAAAAUACAUCUCCCAAAUAAAAACUCAGAGAGAGAAACAAAUUCUUCAGAGGUUUUAGAAAAAAUGGCGAAGUCGUGCAAAGGUCUGGCUACGGAACUCGUCAAAUGCCUCAGCGAAUCCGAUUGCGUCAAGGUAGAGAAUCGGCCGUAUGGAGAAUGUGCGAAAGAGAAGAGCCCACACAUUUCCAGCGAGUGUGUGGGGCUUAGAGAAACCUAUUUCAACUGCAAGAGAGACCAGGCAUGUUUUUUUCCUCUCUAUUUUCUUAUUAUUAUGUGUGUGUGUGUGUGUGUGUGUGUGCAGUGGCGAAUCCAGGAUUUUAAUUAA